CGCUGGCAGCGCCACAACGGAACAACUCCCGUCUCUUCAAUAAACUUGGACAGACCGAGAGGACGGCGCCACCAUUGAGAGAGAGGCGGGAGCAGGAGCAGCACAUCCCGAGAAACGCAGAGCAGCGUCACUCACGCGCAAAAAAAAACUCACGAGACAAAAACAAAAAAAAAAAGGAAAAACUACGAAAACGGACGACGACGCAAGAGGAGGCCAGUCCCCCACCCCUCCCGCAAAAGUUUUUCUUUUUCUUCUUUUUGGUCGUCGAGACGCACAUCAGCGGCGGGCGGGUUGGAAAUUAUUUCAAAAAAAAAAACGGCCAAAAACCUAUUUCUUAUUUCUUCACGCGGCCAUUUUCGUGCAAAAAAAGAAAUUCGUGAACCCGUCCCAAUCCAAAGUGUCGAGUGUCGAAAAAAGUUAAGUGUCCAAAAAGUGCCGAGUGCGAAGGGAAAAUCUCCCGGAGGAGCGGAAUAUCUUCGUGAAACCUUUCAAUAAGAAAAUCAAAAGGAAAACCCGAAAUCUGUUCAACAGUUUGCGUGUCGGCUGCCUGCUGUACAGCGCUCUCUAGUGCUCGUGUCCGUGGUGCUAUAGUGUUGUAGUGUGUGUCUGUGUGUGUACGUGUGUGUGUGUGUGUGUGUUUUGCGUGCGCCGGCGCAAGUCUAUACAACACUCCCGUCCAGUCUGCGCCCGGCCGUGCUGUAACCCGAGCAACUCAAUGCAUCAAAGAGACGAACAGAAGAAAUAGAAGCGCGGGAGAGAUAUCCACCCCCCACCACCACCACCACCUCCCCCUUCUGACCGCGAGGGAGCGUGAGUGCUGAUUGUGUAUAUGCUUGUGUGAGUGCCAGCCAAAAAAAAAUAAAAAGGAAAAGGUCUACACCCAAGUCCCGUGUUCCCGGUCUAUGUGUAUGUUCCAGCUCCUGCUCUUGCUGUAUUACCAGCAGCAGUCGAGGGUGGCUGAGCGCAUUGGGCUGGCCAGCAGUAGCAUCGCCAUUUCGUUGUUCUCCUCCUCAAUGGUGUAGUCGUCGUCAUCAUCGCAGUUGAUUUCUCUUCUUCUUCUUCGUCUUUCCUUCCUUGGGUCCACUCGUUUCACGCUGCUGCUGCUCCUGCGGUGACAGCCAGAGCCUCUCAGACCCUUUUUGUUGGAUCACGAGAGAGUGGGGCCGCGAAACUGGCAAGCCGGCGCAGACAUACUACAUCUCCUCCUGCUCAGUUCUCUUCGCCAGCGAUCAAUACCGUCGAAGAGAAGAAGAAGAAGAAGAGGAGAAAGAGGAAGGAAACCAGAAAGGAAGAGAGGGAAGGAGAGACUCUCGGCUGCUCUAUAGGGUCUUGGGCAAUAUAGAAAAAAGACCAAGCCCCAGGAGCGAGAGUAGUCGGAACGGACCCUAUAGCGCUCCUAUAGGAGACGGAGAAGAAUUAAAAGAGAUCCUGUAUUACACAUUCCCUCGCAGAAUAAAAUACACUAAUAGGCAGCAAGAACACGAGACGGAGUUGAAUUAGAACGAAAUUCGCAAACAAACGGAAAGAGAAAAUAACGAAACAAAACUCCAACCCACAAAUUCCCUGCGCCAUCAUUCCUCUCGCGAAAAAAACAAAACACAGAAAUUACAGCACAGAAAUCGAUCCAUUCGUCGCACCUUCAAGUCGCUUUUCCAACUGAUGGUGAAGAUUGUGACGUCGAAAAGGGAAAAGAAAAGAAAUAGGAGAGAUUCGGCAGCAGCAGCAGCAGCAGAGCAGUUCGUGAUGUUGUAGGGCGAGUUCUAUAUCGGGCGUGUUGUUACACCACGUCGUCGUCGUUCUCUCCUUAACCGCCACCCCACCCACAGAGAGAGAGAGAGGAGGGGAAAGCCGCGUGCAGUUGGCAAAGUCAUGAACAUAUAACAUAGUCCACCGCACGAAAAGAAAUAAGCCAAACAAGACCCAAGAAAAUAAAUAAAUUCGGGGCUCAUUCUCAACUGUGGGGGAGAGAGAGGAUCGAGUUAAUGGUUGAAUCGCGUUCCAAUUCCACGAAUACCGCGUGAACCACCCGUUGGUAGCGACCACGUCACUUUUGAUAUCCCCUGCAAGUCUCAGCUGAGCGCCAUCCGUUUAGUGUCGUGAUCGAAUCAAAGUUGUGAUUUCUGUUUUUUUAAAAUUCAGCGCCAAUCAAAGUGAAUCAUCGACGGCGGGAACUUGCGGUUCGAAUUCGGGCCCAGUUGGGGAUGCCAUCGGUCCUCUUGAUCGGCAGCAGCCGUUACUUGAGUCUUCAACUCUUCAAUUCAUUUGGGUAUCAGCGAACUGACCGACUCGAGCGAUUUCAUUAGGGCACAAUCGACGUCGCCAGGGCCGGAGGAAAGAGAUACAAGAAGAAGAAGAAGAGAAAAGAACAACAAGGAAAUGGAAAGUCAAGCGGACGUGAGUGGUGAGAGUUGCCGGGAACGUUUAGUCGCCACAACGGUGACGACAACAAUCGUCAGUGCCGAAUGCGUCACAGUGUCGAGUCUCAAGACGACAGUGGCGACAUUAGCCAAUGCGGCGGCCAACCCGUCAGAAUCUCCGAAGCGCCAGCAUCCGCUUCACCAGCCGGCGACGCCUUCAUCCGCACCGUUGACGUUGGCAGGCUCGACCACCGCUGGCCAGCAGCAGCCGCCCAUCAACAGCAGCAGCAAUUUGGCUGGCGACAGCGGAGGAUUGGCGAAGAAUAAAGCGGCGAUCCAGCAGCAGCAGCCGCCGCCUCCGCCGGAUUGUCCUGCGAGUGCGCCAGCGUCGCCCAAAGUCAUAAACGAAUUGUCACCGAAAUUGGGGACCAAUCAGAACAGCGUCGGCAAAGCGACGAGGAACAACGCGAGCAGCAGCGGCAGCAGCAGUGCCAAUAAAGAAGCGCUGAAACAGCGAAAGUCGGCGGAAGGCAGCAGCAGUGGCAGCACCGGAUCCAAUCCAAUCCAUCACAUAGCGGCAUCCGGCAGCAGCCCGGCUCGUCACGGGACGACUGAAGGCGGAAGUGCCGGUGUUGGUGGUGGAACGACGACCGAAACUGGCCGGAGAACGUCAACCGUCGCUCACACCACCACCACCGCCGCCACUAACAACACGACGACAACGACCAGCACGCCCAGGAAUUCGACCAAGCCCUGCUGCUUCUGCUGGUGUUGCUGCUACAGAUGCACAUGCUUGUCAUCGAGGAAUCAAGACGAAGAGAUGAGCAAAUCCAAAGACAUCACCAGCCGGGACUCUUGGAGCAACGAUCCAGAUGUGACGCCGAGCGUGGAAGAGAUCCGGUGCUGGGGCGACUCGUUCGACCGGCUGAUGAAGAGCUCGAUGGGUCGGGUGGUCUUCCGCGAGUUCCUCAAGUGCGAGUACAGCGAGGAGAACAUCCUCUUCUGGCUGGCCUGCGAGGAUCUCAAAAAGGACAACAAUCCCGAAGUGGUCGAAGAGAAGGCCCGGCUCAUCUACGAGGACUACAUCUCCAUCCUAUCGCCCAAAGAGGUGAGCCUGGACUCGCGGGUGCGCGAAAUCGUCAACCGCAACAUGGUCGACCCAACGCCGCACACGUUCGACGAGGCCCAGCUGCAGAUCUACACGCUGAUGCAUCGCGACUCGUACCCGCGCUUCGUCAAUUCCACCUACUACAAGAAACUCGCCCAGCUGAGCAGCUCCAGCCGGAAGGAGAGCUCCGCUUGAAUUCAUUCACCCAAGACCAAACAGUAUAACUCCAGUCACAUACAAAAACCAUUUCAAAACCGCCCCCUACCCCCCAAACCAAAGUGAAUUCGCAUUUUUAAAAUAAUUACAAGACGAGCCGAUAGAUAAGGGAAAAAAAAAUAGGAGCCGAAAUCAAGCGGGAAAAGGCUGGCCGGGUGGGCAGAAUGGACGUCUCUAAUGCUGCGGAAGAAGACGGGCGAAUGAUCAAGCGAAGAAAAGUCUAUCCAUCUGAGCUGGGCUGGGAAAAUAAGUAAAAAAGAAAGUAGAUGAAGAAGUGGGACGCAAAGUUUGCGUGUCCUGCCAGCAGACGACGACGGCGGCGGCGGUUAGGAUCGACCGACGCUGCUGACGCCCGACGCCCACACCAUAUUAAGUUGAUUUAUUACACAUGAGGCAGGAGGCAGUAGGAGGAGGGAAACGUUGGGUUCAUCAUGUCGAGGUUGGCGGGUUGCCCGGCAGGCUAUCAAAAGAGAUGCGCGCGCGCGGGCGGCCUUCGUCUUCUACACUCAGCCCAGCCGAUGAUCACGGCAGCAGUUCAGGCAAUCGUCCAAAAGGAGCCCCCACCCCCCACCCACCACCCGCUCCUUCUUCUUCUUUCUCAAACCCUUCGCUUCUAUGCCAGAGGAGGAAUAAAUCCUUCGUUCCUUAUUCAUCUCGCCGCCGCUCCCGCUCAUUUUCCAACGGUAGAAAUCGAAAGAGCUGCGGGAAUCACACAAGACACAAGCGACUGGGGGGGGGGGAAUGAAUGAAAGGCGUCGAUCUUGUUAUUAUUACAAUAUGAUGCGACACGAAAUAAGGAACGACGUGACAACUAAAUAACUGCACACACCCCAAAAAACAAAACAAAAAAUAUUUCAAUUUAGUUUUAUCGCUCGUUCCGCCUUUUCUGGCUCGUUACAACUAAUAUUAUACAUAUUUAAUAUCUUCCUUUUUCUCUCAUUUUUUUUUCUCUCUUUCUCUCUCUCUCUCUCGCUCAUUCUUUCUAUCUCUUUUAAAAAGAAAAAAAAAACGACACAAUUAAAAUUUAAAAAAAGCCGCCGCCACCACACGGAAGUGACGCAAUAUCCUCCGCAUAUGCUGGCCGGAGCGGCUCGAAAGCGAAACCGCAACUCUUUGAUCUCAAUUCCUUUUUCUAUAUUUUGAUAACCAAUGUUUUAUACGAUUGACAAAGCCAAACACACAAAGCGAACGAAACACGAAAAACUCUUGUUGUUGUUGUUUUUUUUGCGUCUAUUAGAAAAAUUGAACAUUUAAACCCCCUCCCACCGGAAAAAAAAUAGCAACUCAAAAAAUUCUAAUUAACCGGCAAACGCACACAGUAUUUGACUUGAUUAGAAUCUGUUGAAAGUUGGGCCUCUCCUUCAUUGACGUAACGAUGAAUAAGGACCGCCAAUUUUCUCAGCACCCACAAAAGAUCAUCCCAAUUCCUAGUCCUGUCUCCUUUGAUUCAUUCAACCAAUCAACCAAACUGUUUGUUUUUAUUUAAUGUGCUUUCAAAUUCAACCCGAAUCCCGAAUUUUUUAAUUUUGUACAUUACAUAGAAAAUUGCGAGGUGCACAAAGUCAUUCCUCGAAAAAAACAAAACUAUUGAGACAUACAAAUGGAACACGUUUGUGUGUGUGUGUGUGUGUGUGUGUGGGGUGUGUGUAGGCAACAUGUAUGAGAUUAGGUUGAUUUGCCUCGAUCGUUGUGUGUGUAAAUUUUGGCUCUUCUUUCCCGUGAAAAAGAAGCGAGGAAUUGCACGUGACAGUCUAAACGAACGUUGAUGUCAACUGCCAUCACAAACCGAACGCAACAGUGAGUGUAGAAGAGAGUCUCGUCGCUAUACUUGUCAUUUUAGCCCCCCACCCCACGGCGCAGUGUUUUGUAUUAUUUGACGCAGUUCGACAGCUCACGAGUUUUUCAGCUAAGCAGUCACGCACACAUCAGUCGAAAUAUUGCACACACAACACAUGUACGUACGAUGAUGGUCCACGAAAUCCAACAAUCAACUGCUCCGCCCCGCCACAAUCCCGGGCAACUGUUUGUUUGUUUGUUUCCGUCGAACGUAUAUUAUUAUUAUUAUAAUAUAACCAAUGGAAAACUUUGUCACUCCAAAUUUACAAAAACAAACAAAUUUCUUUUUCGUUCACGCUUGCACUCACGCACAAAGAAACAAAAAACACAUACAGAGACAACAAAACUCCCGAAAUAUCUAAAUUGUAUGGCUUUUUUUCCUGAAUUUUCGAAAUGAAUAAGAAUUUAUUGUGUAUCAUUGACGACAACAAAAAAGUUAAAAAAAAAAUCAAUAAUUUAUAAUGAAUUAAAUAUUAAUAGGACAAAGAAAAAAAAACAAUUUUAAAAUCGCUUCGAUGCAGCGCGUCCUGAUCGCGACAAGUCGUUGACGACUUCUCACUAAUUAUAGCUUCUUUAUUUUUAAUUUGGAUUUCGUAUUUGACCUUUGAUUUUUCCCCCCUCCCUUGUUUCUUGUUUGGAAUUAAAUUUUGGGUUUUGAUAUGCGAAUGCAAAUUUUACAGCCGGAAUCUUUUUAUUCACGUUGAUACGAUAGUGAAUUAUAAUAGACGAACGAGCGCGUGUGUUAUUGUGUAUAAUAAAUUGUAAUGUACAUGAAAGGAAGAGACACACACACACAAACAAUACCAAAACAACAAACAAAAACCAUUUAGACGACCACGAUCUGAAAGUGCUCAUCCGUAGAGCGAAUGUUGUUUCAUUUAAAUUUGACGUGAGAUCCCCCUCCCCCCCAUAAUCUUAUAAUGUUUGUUUCCUCUCAAGAUAUAAAUUCGUUCUCUCCUCCUCCCCCCAGACGCACCCCUUCCGGUGCACCUGCAUUUGUUUUGUUUAUGUCGAUUCUUUCAUUUUAUUUUUUUGAAAAGUUCUUCACGCCAUUUUGUAUUUACGUUCAUCAAGAGUGUUGAAGAGUUGUGUCCGUUUUCGACUUCCUUCGUCAUCAACUUCUUCUUCCUCCCCCCCUCCCUAAUUCAGCUCCUCCCCACCCCCCUAAUUCAGCUCCUCCCCCCCCCCCCUUUUAAAAAAAUGAUUUGUAUUAAUGUAAACCAAGAGUUAAAAUCUUGGGCAACGUGUUUUGAAAAAAAGAAAAAAAAGGAAAUUAAGUCUAGAAGUUGUCACCUUCUUCUCGACUGUCAUGUCGUUCGUGCUCUACUACACCAUUUUCAUCGGUUUAUCCGCCCCCUUCUUUAUUAUUCUCCUUUUUCAUUCACCGUGGGUGAAAACCAAAAAAAAAAAAAAAAAAAAAGUGUCUAACCUA